AAUGGAAUCUUCUUUCCCUGGCAGCAGCAGCCACCACAUCGCUCCAUAGCAAUAGGCCACAGCUACCAUGGCGUCAUCGUCGUCUACAUCCCCCGACAGUUUAUCUCCCUCGCCGCCCAACAUACCGACAACUCCGUUCACUGUCCAUCUCCCGCCGGCCUCGGGGAAGUCUACCAAGACAAAGGCAAUGACGGUCGCUCCAGAUCAUCUGCUGCUCGUCGUGGUCACGGAUCGGGCUACAGCGAAGAAGAAGAAGCAAGGAAGGCAGUGGGUGGUUGAUCUGCGCCGUGAUGUCCCUGAGGUGAUGACUCUAGAUGAUGUCAAGAGCAAGUUUCUGACCAUUGGAGAUGGUGAUGAUGUGCUGGGUGGCGGUCUUACCGUCGUGCCUGUUGGCUGCGAGGAGGUGACCCUUUUCUUGCUGCUCAACCCGAUCCUCGCCCGUCUUGCCCGGAUAGCCAUCGUUGUCGCCCAUAGCAUUCCGUAUAGCACCAUAAUGCGACUUGUCAGAGAUAGAGCGGUGGCUCAUCUGCCGCGGAUCCUCAAUACGCCGCGGUCGUUGCAGAGCUUCGAGUCCAUCGAGUCGCUGUAUUUGUUCAAGAACUGUGACCACAUCGGAACGGCCAUCCGUGGCGCGCUCACCGAGAUUAAGGGUCGACUUGCUGCUGCUAACCAAGCUUCGCUCGCCCUCGCCUCACCGCCACCCCCCUGUGGCACUGAUGACGCUUUGUCGGCCUGGGCCGAGCUGCCUGACGAACUCAUCCUCACCAUUCUCAGCAAGCUGACAAUUUUCGACUGUCUGCGGGCCCGUGAGGUAUGCAAGAGCUGGGCGCGAGUCGGCACCGAUGCCUCGCUCUAUCGGCGCCUGCGCCUUGUUGACAUCGCAGCAGUCUGUGGCGAGCCAGCCGACUCGGUGCUUCUGGGCAAGGUCCUUGCCGUGCCGCUUGUCUCACGGCACAUCCGCCGUCUUGAUCUCUCCUCCUCGUCCGUGGACGUGGAGGGCCUUGACAUCCUGCGGUUCCGUGCCAAUAAGCUCAAGUACCUGGAUACUUCCGGGUGCGACUUUACCAGGAGGAGGUUGAAAUCAGGUUGGUUGAAAGCCAUGUCCUCGCUCGAGGUGCUGGACGCCUCGGGUUUUGGCAACUUGUGCUACGACUUUCCCGAUGUUGCGGGCGUCGACCUCGUCGGCACCAAUCAGAUUGCUCCUGGUCACUUUAUCAGCAUCGACGGCGCGCUUCACAUUGUCUUCAACAUCGAGGUCGUUUCCAGGCAACGUCAUCCACUCUGCAUCCUGACCUCCGCCGACGUCACCACGGGUCAUCCGUCACCUCUUCUCGUUAUGACCCAAAAGGCUGCCCGCGAGCUCAACGUCUUUGCUGUCUCCAACUCCUCGUACGACGUCGUCGACGUCAAGCGGUACCCACUCCUCCGCGAUCCCACCACCGGCACCACCCGAUCAGACGUCUGGGCGUCAGACGAUCUCCUUGCCGAGCUCCAUUCCGGCGAGCGCCAAGUUCGGGUCUUUGAGUAUGCGGGCAAAGCAUACAUGAUGGUGUGGUUCGGCUUGUAGCUUCCGUCGUUCCCGCCACCUUUCAUCCCCAGCACAUCCACCGAUGAAACCUCCAAUGAGCCGC